AUGUUUUUCAUCUAUCUUUUCGAGUUUGCGAUAAUUUUCCUCUUUUCUAUUCGUCACGGUGACAGUUUUAGGGAGACAAGCAGUGAUGAAUCGCUUUUUGCUAGCUUGCCAAAUUCUGACUGUAUGCCUGAGGUGAGUGCCGUACUACUCGAGUGUCCCAAGAAAUACCGAAGUCGAUCGUAUCAGGAUAAUUCCGAGAGUAAACACGAACGAAAGGCAUGCGAACCACAACUGAUGGUUAAUAUACGAGUAAAUCCUAGUUUUCAUAUUGAAAAAUUGGAAAAGUUUCUAAUCUUGGAUGAGGUAUAUGAUCCGCGCAAACGUACUAAAGCUAAAAUAUUAUCGCCAUAUUUAAUUGAACUGAGUCGUGGCGAACCAGUUAUGAUGUAUCCGUUGCAAUUCUCAAAGAUAAUAAAACUUGAGGAUGCAAAUAAUAAAGAGUGCGAUGAAGGUGCGCAUCAUAAUAUGGGGAAUUAUAUGACUGAUGAAAGCGGCAAUAAUGGCAAUGGCAAUGGCAAUGAUGGACUCAACACCGGUAAUAAUGACAAAGACGAGCACGGGCCAGAAGAAGCACAAUGUCAACAUAAUGAGCACACUACCAAAUGUGACGAGAUGUUGGAAAGUAGCGGAGCGCAAUCUACGCAAUCUACGUAUUCGUCGUGUAAAACUUCGACCGAAAGACCCAGUACUUGUAUGCCAUUAACACCACGGCCGCCAAAUAAAUGUUCCACUAAUCAAUUAAGUCCGGAAGAUGAAUCUCUAAAUAGAGUAAUGCAAAAAAUUCAUCAAUCGUUUGCACCGAUAACAAAAAUUAGUGAAAAUCGGCCAAGUGGUAAUAUUAAGCAAAAUCAUAAUAGUAAGAUACGGAUUGGAGAUCCAACGGAUUUUUCUGAGAUUUUUAAAAGGCCUCACGAUCAAUUUGAUAAUCCAUUUAGUAAUACGGCAAAGAGUGAUAAAUAUCCGAACGUUUGGAAUAAAGAUCGAUUUAUGAUGCAUCGUCCUUUCAACAAAAAAACAAAAGCGAAAAGUAAGCCGCCGCACAACCGAGUUUCGGCUGUUUCCGCCAUAAGAUCAAAACAAAGGAAAAACUUACUUCAAGCAAAAAUAUUUGACGAUUUGUCCGCGAACGUAGGAGUUGAAAAGCCAUUUGCCAAACGUUUGUUAGGCAACAAACUAGCACAACUCGGUAUUAUCACUAGUCCACGUGCUGAACGUAAAGUACGUAAAAAGGGACGAGUAGAUGAUAUAAAAAACGCAUUUGAGGACGAGGAUGAUGAUGAUGGCAGUUCAACGAUUUCAAAAGAUUCUGAUUAUGAUAAGUUACUGGAGAAAACGUCAGAAGAUAUUAACAAUAUUGAUAAAGAUGAACUGCCAUUUCGUGACAGUAAUACAGAUGAGAAAGAGUACCGAAAUGCUGAGGAAAGAGUAGAUGCUAUUUUACGUGAUCGAAAAAAGACAAAUGAAAAUAGGAAACGAUUUCAAGUUGGAAGAAAACAUCAUCGCUACCGAGAUGAGAAGUUGGAAGAGGAUACGGCUGGCAAAGCUAAUUUUAAGAGCUGCGAAUGUAAAAGUGCCCCAAGACGAGGGCCGGAAGAAAGUAACGAUCGAAUGGAACUAAAAAAUGUGGAAAAAUGCGUAAACAGUCAAGACCUUGAGGAAGAUAACGAUUUCAAAGAAGACCCGAAAGUAGAUAUGGACGAGAAUGAUUUGCUGUCAUCGUCGGAAAUGCAAGUCCCAAUCAUAGCGGGUAUUCCUUUAGAUGAACCUUCUCCGAAAAAUAGCAAAAAGGACGAUGACCUCGACGAAGAUGAUGAGUUAUACUAUUAUCUGAAUGGUGAUCAUUACAGAGAAUAUCAGAAAGGUUACUGGCCGGGCAAAUAUGGCGAGGAUCAUGAUAAACAAAAGGAAAGGGAGAAAGAUAUUAAUUUUCAACAAUUGAAAACUCAUAACGAAGAACUUUAUCAGCCGAUUUUGUAUGGGAAUUAUUUCAAAAAUCCAACGCUUAUGUACAGUUAUCAAACGGCAAAAAGUGAAACAGCGAAGAUAACAACGACUGCCAUCAAUGAAGAUGAGACAACAGAAAAUUUUGCACCCGAUUUUAUGCAGCCAACUAAAGUGGAGUUUGAAAAUAUGUACAAAUAUCCGAAUGCUUUUCGUAGCAUGUUGCCGCACGCCAGAAAAAUAUAUAGCGAGUAUAUGGAGACAACAACUCAGGCGGAUCGAGAUGAAGAUGAUCUUUUUACUGAUAAAAAUUUGAGUGUAGAAGAUAAAAUGCGAGUAAUUGACGCAACCACAAAUAUCGAUGAUAAAAUCGAUUUUAAUGGGAUAUCGGCUGAGAUGGACAAAUCGGCUUCACGAGAAGCUACUGCAUUUCCGUAUCCGUUAAGCAAACCGAAAACAAAACAUAAGAGAAGUUUUUUGCUUUACGAUGAUAUGGAAAUGCCCGACAAUAUCGAAGAGAAUCAAGGCGUUUAUGAUCACUUGUUGCCCGCAUUAAAUAACGGAGGGCAAGCGAUCGUGGUAGAUGAUGGAGUUCAACCUUGUGCCACUUGUGGCGGUAAAGGGAGAAAACCGCCACCGAAAAGUGAACCUGAGCAAUCGUCAAACGAAAAGUAUAUCAAUUGUAAUUGUCGAAACGAUCCUAAUGCCAUAUGCAUGUGUGAUAAAAAGAAGAGACGAGCACCAACUGUACGCGAUGCUUGGUAUUCAGUUUUCAACAUGAGUGCGCCUUUGCCGUUCCUUACGACUCGGUUGAGGAUUUUCCGAAAACGCCACGGAGUUUGGUGGAGAAUUGUUCCAUCGAUCACCCUCAACAGCUUAUCCGGAAUCUUUGCCAACGCGAAUCUCUCGAUUUUGUUCUCGUCCCAUGUCGACAUAUUUCAGUUUGAAAAAUCUCUCCAAUUGCAAAACAAUCAACUUUUAGUGCCAAAAGACGACAGACCCACGCGAGAUUAUAAUCCUUCUAUAGCUAGCAAAUAUCUUAACAGCGCCGAUGGUUCUGAAAAUUUGAAAAAUUUCCAUUUUAAUCCUGAAAACUUAUUGGCCGUUGAUCCGGCUCGAUUAACUUCCGACGUCUUGCAAAUGGACAUGGUCGAAUUUGAUAAACAACGAGCAAAGCAAAUGGACUUACCAUCAAUAAAAUCGAAUAUCCGCAAUACAUUAUGGAAUGGAAUAUUGGAUCAUAUUAGACCUAUACGCAGUUCCUCUUAUUUGCCCAAUACUGAUAAUAACAAUAAUAAUGAUGGCAUCAAGAGAAUAAUCGAUUUUGGUUUUUUUCCAACUUCGUUGAACGUUCUUGAGUACUGUCCAAAUGCUAAAAGUCAAUUAUGCUUGAAUAUGCUCGACGAUCGAGUACCAGCUUUCACUAUGAAAGUGAAAAUGCUUUUUCGUGAAAAUUCAGUCAUUUACUAUAACAUCUCAAGAGUCAAGAUUGCGAAAAUUGUGACAGAUGCGACAACCAAGGAUGCUUUACAGGUGGCAGUAGAUUUAGUGAAUGAAGGAAUGCAAGCACGCGAAUUUUCAAUAUGCGUUUGCAAUUGUCCAACGGCGUGCGCUUCAGCAGCCAAAACUACAGUAACGAAAGUCUUACUUCCGCAUAUACGAGAAACUGUUACGUUUCUUUUACCCCUGAUUGUGGAAGCAAACAAUUUGAAGCAUCGAAAAUUCGAUUGCGAACUUAUUGUUAGAACGAUAAGUGAAACUCCACGGAUUAUAGAGGAAAAUUUAGAAAUUCUUUCGCCAUCAUUUCAUAAAACGCUCAAAGAGAAUCAAACGGAUGGGAAUGUUUCAUCAACGGUGGAGAAGAGAUUCGCUUCUGUUAAGUUGAAACAAAAAAUUGUUGCGAUUCGAAAGCUCAGUGUUGACCCGGAUAAUCGCUGCCUAUGCGUAUGGGAAUGUAAGUGUCAUUGUGUCCCAAAGUUGGAAACUAUGGUUGAUUUUCAUAUCUGCCAAGAACUCACCCAGGAAGAGAAACGCAAUGCGGGUUUGCUUCAAUAUGCAGAUGAUCUGGAAAUAAGUGAGCCUGUGGAAGAAGUAUCGUCACCUCCCUCUAAAGAACACCAUCACAUCCAUAUACCUUUACCUCAUCGUCCCCAUUUUCCCUCCUUCCAUAUCGAAUAUAAAGGAUUCCUCGCAAACGCUAUAUUCUUACUUUUAAUAAUGAUUUUAUUAGGCUUAAUUAAGGCGAUUUUGGGUUUAUGCAUAAAACCUAUAAACAAAAGUGGCUACGACUAUGUUCAGCCGGCGCGCAGUUAUAAGCGUUCGUCGCGGUUACGGCGUUUCUGUGUAAAUACUUUCUUUUUUAUAGUAUUUCCGUUUCUGUUCUGGUGCAAAUGUUUCACACCAAGCGAAGAAGAUCUUCUCGCCGCUAGUACCGAAUGGCCUUGCUCUCAUGAACAGAGUUCCGAUAAACCUCGAAUGAAAGCCGGGAAACUCCAUAGAGCUUUUACAUUAGGUAAAGAUGACGAUGACGAUGAAGAGGACGUCAUAUUGUCUCAGCAUCUUGAUCUGCAAUCUCUCAAAAGUAAACCUGACACCCGUAUGGGUGGUGGUUAUGAUGUACCCUCCUUGCAUGACGUAUCCGAUUUGGAUUUAGCUUUUGACGAUGAUAUUUUCGACGAUAAUGGCGAUGACGACGAUGACGAGGCAAAUACUAGAUUUAUUUUAAAGGCUUUAGCUGAAUGCAGAGAAUCACUUAAACGCCUGGCAAGUGAAUAUAUAAACAUAUUUGCAAAUAUAUGACAGAAGAUUCUAUCAGCAGAACAGUUUGUGAAGAAAUUGAAAGAAGCCCAGAUCGUUUAUCGCACCUUUAGUCAGCCACUCGGGAAUAUGAGGGAAAUACCGUCCGGCUUUAAAUAUUGUAUACAAGGCUACUUUUUACCUACCAUUGGCACAGCUUACGAAUUUGUCAACUAUAAUCCUUUAGCCCAACAUCGUGGUUUAGCAGCAGAUCGAAAAACUAUGCUAACUCUACGACCACCUGUAUUACUCUGCUCUAAAGAUUUCUCACGACGUUACAUCAAUAAAUUGGAUGUUUUAGAUGCAGGCGAUCUUAGCGAACAACCACCACUCGGGAUACCGUGCAUAAAUAUAUCAGCUGUAGCGUCGGUGGCAACAUCUAUGGCUAAACUGGCGUCCGAAAACUGUGCAGAAUCGAUGAUUGAUCAAGAAUCGAUAUCAUUGUCUUUACCUUUAAGUAGUAAGGAGACAUCUUCAACAGGUGCUCAGAGUCCUUAUACCUUAAAGGAUGAAGAUGAUUUACGGAAUCUUUUGUCGUCAGAUUUGAACUUGAAAAACUCAUGUACAUCCCACGACGUUGAAAUCAUGGAUGAUGAUGCAAAUCCUGUAGAAAGAGCUGAAACUGUCCUUGUCGAAUCGAACAGUUUAUAUUCCUACGAUAUUAACACAAUUCCUGAAUAG